AUGAGUGCCGAUGAGGUAAACAUUUCAAAGAUUGCAGAUUCUCUUCUUUCGGAUAUUGAUAUUUCACUUCAAUUUAUACUUGGCGAAAAGAAUCCAGGCAAUAACAGAGAUGAUAUCAGGAUUAACAGAAAUAACUCACAUUCCAUAUUUACAAAGUCAAUUGAUCAAUUUCAACCAUGCCCUCAAUUAAUGGAUACGCAUCUGCGUUCAUUCAUAAAUAGAAUAACAGAUUCCUACAUAAAGAAUUGUCUUCGUUCCGGUCAAAAUUCAUUGCUUGAUGAGCAAAUUUCUGAUUCAUUCUACCAGUUUGCAAAGGUUCGUGGGUCAAAAACAACGUCUAAUUUUUUAAACAGUGACAUUUCAUUGCUACCGCAUGUUGUUAAAAGGGUCACUUUAUGCUCUUCCUGGAAGUCACGGUAUUUCCUUUUACUUUGGUUGUCAGUUCUCAUUUUGACGCCGUUUCCGUUAUCGAAGAUAGAAGAUCAGUUGCCAGACAAUGUUUAUAUAAUGUCUUGUACAUUUUUGGAAUCCUCUUCUGGAAAGGAAACAGAGGCUGCAUCCGUUUUAAUGGCCAGAUUUUUGAGUAGAGUGGAUACACAAUAUUAUCUAACUCGUUUUAUUACUGAGCAUAUCAAUAGUUUGAAAUGGAAGGAUACAUCCGUUUUUACCAGAAUAGGGAUUUUGUCGACAAUAAAUUUCCUUUUGAAAAUUUCAACCUUAAACCAUCUCUCUCCAUAUUUGAAUCGGAUAUCUACUUUGACCUUUAAUGAACUUCAAGAUGGAUCAAAACUGUCUUCAUCUGUUUUAAAACUUCUCAUCAAGAUUUUGGGUAAACUUUCACUUUACUUUCUUCGGAUGGCCAACUUUUCCCGUAUAGAGGAUGCCAUAACAAUUAUGCUAUCUUAUGUAUCACAUCAAGAUACAAAUAUUAGAUGUACAGUUUCGAAACAGAUUUCAAAAAUAUGUUUGCACGUUGAUCCACAGUCCAGGGCUGACGUAAUAAGGGCACUCAUAAAUCAGUUAGACAUCUCGCCGGUAGAUGGUAACGUGUUUCAAGAUAAUUUAAUGAUAGAUAUGGAGUCUAUUGAUAUUUCGUUGUAUCAUGGAACGUUGAUGACAUUUGGCCAGGUUUGUGGGAUGGUUAGCUCUUCUAGUUGUCUCUAUAAGAUAGCUUCUAUUGUUCAUAAAACACUAUUCACCGAACAGCACAGAUUAAUGCAUACUGUUGGAUCAAACGUUCGAGAUGCAUCUUGCUUUACUUGCUGGUCUUUAUUUAGGCGACAUCAUGAUUCAGAGAUUCCGGAGGAGAUUUUGCUUGCACUAUUUAAGGAUCUAAUAUUAGUGUGCUGCUUUGAUGGCGAUUUAAUGAUACGAAGAGCAGCAUCGGCCACAAUGCAAGAACUUGUUGGCCGACAUGGGGAUCGAUUAUUUGACUUGCUAGGAAUUCAUGGGUCAGAUGCUGCAACUUAUAAGAUCAAGCUCAUUGAAACAUUGGACUAUACUGUGUUGGGUCACACAAAGAAAUCGUACAAAAUUCCUUUGCAAUUGUAUACGAAAUUGGAUGGCUUUCUUUACACCGAAUUUAUUGACUAUUUGUUUAAAAAAGGAGUAACAAAUUAUGAUCCAAAUCUUCGAAAGCUAUCUUGCUAUACAUUAAAAGCUCUUAUUGGAGCUUCCGGUGCAAGUGAUGCUAAAAUUAAUAUGUCAAUAGGUGGUCUCAUAAAGAGAUAUCGAGACAACGAAAAGCCUGGAUUACUUUAUUGCAUUGCUGAAUUAAUUGAAUUGGUCAAAGACACGUCUCUACUAGAAACACAGAAUAUCAGAUUGGCUAUCCAGAAUUUGAAAUUCGAUUUCCAUCAUGAUAAUUACAGCAAGGGAGAAGAAUAUUUACAUUUAUUAGGAGUCAUGUGUGGUCAGAUCGAUUUCAAUUUAGACGACAAUACUUUUGAUACUGUAUUCAACAUAAUCAGAAUUGCUGAUAAAUCUGAAAUUACCUCUGAGUUCAUAUUCCUUUCAAGAAACUUAACACAAGUACCAACAACAUACAAAAACAAAUGGAUUUCCUAUAUAAGAUACGGAAACAUACCAUCGGCUAAAGCAAUUGGUUAUUCUUUUAUACUGAAAACAGAAAUGAAUGCCAUAAUAAGAAUUUUACUUGAUACAAGUAAGGACGCAAUGUUGAGAAGUUAUUUAUUGGAUUCGAUAAGCAUCUAUCUAAGCAGAGAGAAGCCAGCUAUUGAUAGUAAAAUGAAGGAAAUCUUAAUCAACCAGAUGGAUGAUUACACUGUGACUAACAGAGGAGAUGUUGGAAACUUUGUGAGACUCUCUGCCAUAAAUUUGAUUUCAGAAAAUCAAACAUUAUUUUGGAAUGCAGAAUAUCCAAAGAUGAAGAAAUUGAUUGUCAUGAAACUUUUGCGCUUGACGGGUGAAAUUAUGGAUAACGUGAAGCUUAGGGCCUUCACUCUUCUUAGGUCACUUCUAGGAUGGAGAUUAGACGCACACAACCUUGAUCAAUCAACAUUGCUCUAUCAUCCAAGAAAAUACUUUAGUGCUCUGCUUCAUUUGGUGAGCUCUGACAGUAAUUUAUUUUACGAUAGUGAUCUGAUGACUGAAUUUUGGAGAGGAUACUGCUUUUCAGCUGGUUCUCCACAGGCUGUGAGUACUGUGAUAAAUUCGGCAACUUACAGCUUUCUUGAACUUUGGGAGCAGCUUUAUGAUAAUCAAAAAAUGCUUAUUUUAAAUUGUAUAUCUUUGCUAUUAAAAUCGCAAAAAGUGACAAAGGGAAAUAAGUCUAGAUUUCAGAAGAUGCAAUCUUCCUGUCUUAAUUUUGUUUGCAACAUUUUAGAAUUGAACAUUGGUAUUACAAAUACAGACAACUUAAAGGUCAUUUUCGUUCGAACAUACAAUUUAACAUUAGGAACAUCAAAUUAUCACAGAAUGUUUACUGCAAUAAGAAUAUUUACAAAUCUAUAUAUUAGAGAUGUGCUAAAAUACCAAGGCUGCAGGAAAAGAAUAGUAUGGAUUUACAGAAAUCAUCCAUCUCCAAUGAUAAGGGAACGGGCUUACGAAGCGUUGCAGGAAAUAGAAUUCGAGAUGGAUUCCAGAAGUAAGAUAUAA